AUGGAUGCUCAUGCAAGAAAUGGCGGAGUACUGCAUGCUAUUAGCACGUGGCUACUCAUGCCCAUUGGUUUUGGAAAGGGAUCCAUCCGAAGUAAUGCUCCUUUGCUUGAAACCCCUAUAAUAUCGGUCCACAAGACAAAAAUUAUAUGUGAAAGUCGGUGCAUUAAUGGAACAAGAAAUGAUAAUGAGUUAUUUUUCAUUCAGACCAUAGAGAUGCGAGUGCACAUGGACUGCGCUGGAUGCGAAAGCAAGGUAAAAGAUACGCCUAAACUAAAAGGCGUGGACGACGUUGACAUAGACAUGGCGACGCAGAAAGUGACGGUCACCGGAUGGGCAGACCAAAAGAAGGUUCUCAAGACAGUGAGGAAGACCGGGAGGGCCGAACUGUGGCAGCUGCCCUACAAUCCGGAGCACUUCCACCACGGUAAUAAUUACAGUACGGAUCAACAACAAUAUUAUUGUAACGGGCCAAUGAAUCUUUGCCCCCAGCCUGCCUCUUCCUACAAUUACUACAAGCACGGCUACGAUGGCGAUGCUCAUGCUUCUUACUAUCACAAUCCUACUCCUCAUAAUUCCACCCUUUUUGGGUAUCAAACCAGUACAGCUUUCAGUGAUGAUAACCCUAAUGCUUGUUCUAUAAUGUAA